AUGCAGCAGACUGCUCGCCCCACCCGCGCGCCCAGGUCGCCUCAGCAGGAACGCCGGGAUGCUUCCUCCUCUACCGUUUCCCGGGACUGGAAGCUGAGGCCCCCGCGAGUAACCCAGCCAGGAGAGGAACAAUCACGACUCGGGUCCACGGGACACCUGGGCCACACCGGGGCCUGUCGGGACUGGCUGCCGCGCCCAGGGCGGGCCGCUCACCGCGGCAAGAGGCACGAGCGGUGCGGACUAGCCCCUAACCUCUGGAGCCCAAAUCUGGGGGUCGCUGAUCCUAGUCACACACUGAGUAGGCAGCCGCACCACUAUCCCGUUGGGGAAACUGAGGACCGGAGCGGGACAGAGCUUUGUGUGAGGUCGUGCGGGGGUCUGGAGGAUAGGUCUCCGCGACACCGGGGGCAGCAUCCCUCCCGCCACCGAGCUGCAGCCCGGGCGCAGCGAGCGUCUCGCCCUACCUUGUUGGCUGCCGCGCGGUGGCGGCGGCGGCGGCUCCGGCUCCGCUCCGCGCUUCACGCCGCCCGCCGAGUCCCGCGCCCAGCGCCGCCGCCUCCCCGCGCAGCCCGGCGGGCGGGACCGGGCCGGGCGGGGCCUGGGCGGGGCGGGACGGAGAGGCCCCGCCUGUGCACCGCCCGUCGCCCGCAGCUCGGAUCCUGUCCCGCGUGCACACUCUUGCCUCCUGCACGGUCUCGCCGCAGGCUUUGGGUGGGACCCGGGUCCUGAGCCUCGGUUUCCCCUUGCUGAGAUGGAGACAGUCACCGCGCCUGCCUCCCACGUGUCUCUAGGCUGGAUCCCGCAGCGAGCGCUCUAACCGCAGCUCCGCAGGCGGCGGGAGAACCGGAGAGCCGAGGGCGGCUGCGCAUCCGGGAGGGAGAUCCUUCCCACUGCUGCCAGUAGGGGGCGCUGCAUCCAAGCCUCUCCCGCUUUUAGCCUGGUGCUCACUGAAUAUGGAAGCUAGGACGUCAUGUCUUUCAUAAUAACCACGCCACACCACCUGUCUUGGAAAGAGUUCUUCGUGUCUUGUAGCGAUGUAUUUGGUGGUGGUGGUGGGAGCGGGACUAGCACGGUACCUGGCACAUGUGGGAGAGCCAUCAGCCACAGGGACGUUGCUGUAUGUCGACAUGGCUCUGACAGGAGGAUCCGAAGGUCGGGGCCACGCUCAACUGCAUAGUCUCCAGGGUCAG